AAAUGGGUGAUGUUGAGAAGGGCAAGAAAAUUUUUGUGCAGAAGUGUGCCCAGUGCCACACCGUGGAGAAGGGGGGCAAGCACAAGACUGGGCCGAACCUGCAUGGUUUAUUUGGGCGGAAGACUGGUCAAGCCCCUGAAUUCUCUUAUACAGAUGCCAAUAAGAACAGAGGUAUCACCUGGGGAGAGGAUACACUGAUGGAGUAUCUGGAGAAUCCCAAGAAAUACAUCCCCGGAACAAAGAUGAUCUUUGCUGGCAUUAAGAAGAAGACAGAAAGGGCAGAGUUGAUAGCUUAUCUUAAGGAAGCUACCAAUGAAUAACAUAGUUGACCUCUGCCUUAUUUAUUACAAAGUAGAAAUGUCCUGUGACUUUUUUUUGCAUGUACCAUAUUUAAAUUGAUC